AGCCGUGGCGGGCCAGCGGCCGAGCCGUGUAGCGGAGAAGCGGCUUCCCCUCCCUGCUUCCCUUGGCCGAGCCGGGGACGCGCGCGCGCGCGGCCGUCCGGAGCGGGCUCCCCACCCUCGACUCCCGCGACCCGCACCGCACCCCCACCCGGGCCCGGAGGAUGAUGAAGCUCAAGUCGAAUCAGACUCGUACCUAUGACGGCGACGGCUACAAGAAGCGGGCCGCGUGCCUCUGUUUCCGAAGCGAGAGCGAGGAGGAGGUGCUACUUGUGAGCAGUAGUCGCCAUCCAGACCGAUGGAUUGUCCCUGGGGGAGGCAUGGAGCCCGAGGAGGAGCCGAGCGUGGCGGCAGCCCGUGAAGUCUGUGAGGAGGCUGGAGUAAAAGGGACAUUGGGAAGAUUAGUUGGAAUUUUUGAGAACCAAGAGAGGAAGCACAGAACAUAUGUCUAUGUGCUCAUUGUCACAGAAGUGCUGGAAGACUGGGAAGAUUCCGUUAACAUUGGAAGGAAGAGGGAAUGGUUUAAAAUAGAAGAGGCCAUAAAAGUGCUGCAGUAUCACAAACCGGUGCAGGCAUCAUAUUUUGAAACGUUGAGGCAAGGCUACUCGGCCAACAACGGCACCCCGGUCGUGGCCACCACGUACUCGGUUUCUGCUCAGAGCUCGAUGCCGGGCAUCAGAUGACUGAAGGCUUCGUGUGAGAGGAAUGGAAAUUGGAAACUAGACUGGAGUGCAGAUCUUCCCUCCCUUGCUCUUUUCACCUCUCCUCACAGGCCUCCUCUUCGAAUAAGGCAUGAUGGGCAGCAGAGAAAGGGUUUAUUGAUGAUGUUGCUGUUUGGUGUUAAGUGAUGGGCUUUUUCUUCUCUUUUUAUGGAGGGGGGCGGGGGUGGGGUAUGUAAUUUGUAAGUACUUUGGUGCAUGAUCGGUCCCUCCCUUUUCACACCCCUACGAUCUUCUAAGGAGACAAGACAGCCUUCCCUCUGCCUCGGAUUCUGAAGUGUUCCUGUUCGUCUCAUCCCAGCCCUGGCCAGAUAGUUUUCUUUGAUUUUUAAUUUUUUUUUUUUAUUAAAAGGAUACCAAUAUGAGAUGCCACCUUUCAAGAAUUUGUCCUGUACUGUGCUGUUCAGUCCAGUAGGUUGGUCACUUCCGCCGCAGGAUACAUUUAUCUACACAUUAUAUACUGGGCAUAUAAUAUGUAAAUAAAUGACUUUUAGAAGAGGAAUUUAACUGUU